CUGAAAAAUGGAUUCCCCACAGACAAUAAAACGAGGUGUUGCAUCUCUAUCAACUUUAAUUUAUGAACAGCAUGCUAUACAGAACAUAACCGCAAAAGUUCAAGAUGAUGUAGCCAAACUACAACAGGAAAUUGAAAAGUUAGAAUUAGAAAAGAAGUGGUGCUUUAAUGAGAGUGGAAUUAGAAUAAUAUCAACACCACAAGAAGAAGCACUACGGAUUAGUCAGUCGACAGCAGAAAAUCCUGAAUCUGAAAAUGAGGUUAUCUUGGCAUUAAAACAGAAGAAGACAUCGCUGCAGAUGGAAGUUGCUGAGCUGGAAGAAACUUUGAAGCAAGCACGGCACCAGAGUUCUGUGCAAUUGACUUGAGGAACAUGUUUAAGUUUUGUGUUGAAUCAAAAUAGUCCCACACUGAAUGACAAAUCAAACCAUUUAUGAGACAAUAUAAGAGUAGAACUAUGAUUUGAUUAAACAACUGAUUCAUAGGAGCAACCAGGCUACUUUUCAAAUUAGAACUAUAUGUAUAGUGAAGUAGAUAGUCAUCCCCGUUAGCAGUUCUUCAGUUGUAUGUUUCACAGUGUACCUGGUUUGAUAUUCAUUAUGAUACAGAGGUUGUGAUACAGUAUGUAUCAAAAUACACAAUGUUUCCUUGUGUGUUUUAGCUGAAUGAGACUUGCACUGGCAGUGUACUUAACAACAUACUUAAAGCAGAAUGAUCUGUGUGACUGGCACUGUAGAAGUUGGUGAAUAAAGUAAUGGCAAGAUAAUUUCAUGGAAGACUACGGUUUAAGGAUCUCUAACAAAAUAAUAGAAUAAUUGUCAUCGAUAAAAGUAUAUUGAUGUUAUUAAAGCAGAAUACCCAUGGUAAUAUGAUUAUUCAGUCAUGUCCCUAUUCAGUCUUUUUAUUUGUGGACAGACUUUGUAGAUUUCCCUGAUACACAUCUGUGAUUUCUCUACUCAUGUAGGUACCAUUUGUAGCUGUGUUUUCAAGACUGUAUUGGUUUAUUGUUUUGCCACCAGUGCUACUUCAAGGAACAUACAGAACUGGCUCUGUUCCAUGAGCAAUCUCAGCGCGCCAAGAUGGGGAAGUGUGUUGGGGAAAUCCAGGAUUGGAACUUAUCAUUCAAGGGUUGCAGGUGGAUUGUUUUGAGAUUGAAUGUGGAUUGCCUUAAGGAAUUAGCCUCAAACACAAUCAUAAUUCCUAUAUAUUGUCAAUGACUGACAAUGGUCAUAGCAUAAAGAACAGGGUUAUGGGGUUUGAGGAUAACUGGAGGAUGUGAAUCUCAGCUUGUUGAGAAGCUUGAAGUCAGUGGUCAGUCGAAUGUAUUCAGUUUAAUAUUGUGCACAAUAUGAUAUGCAUGAUGUAACCUGUGAAGUCAAAUCCUUAGAACAACAUUAACUGUACAGGGUUAUUCAAACAUGUGAGUAGUGACAAUUAUUUCACUACAACAAUGUAUCGGUGGAAUGGAAGACUCAAGGGUUCAAUGUAGUAGCAUUCAUUUAUCUAAUUAUUGGAGUACAUUGCUGUUCUACCUCACCCAACAACAACCUAUCAGCACUUCACUGCAAUAGCAGCAAGAUGGUUGGUUGUGAACUCAAUCAUGGUAUUUAUUACCCACGUGGUCAACGUAUGGGUAGUUGCAUACUAAUAUCGUAUGUCACACGAGUGUCGUAUCGCG